AUGUAUGCCACCCGGGCUCUGCGGAUGUUCCGCCCUACGGCUCGCAUGAUGCGGCCGGUGCCGAAGGAGGAGCAGUCUGGCGUUGUCGUUUCGUUUGCCGUCUCGGCCGCCGUUUACUCGAGCCUUCGCCACUUCAUGACCGACAAGACCAUCCGCCUCAAGAGGCAAAACCGGCUCGCCGAUGCGCAUCACGGGCCGUCCCAUGAUGCCCACGAGGAAGGUCACCAGGAGGGCCAGAAGGCAGAGCACUCCUAA